UUUUUUUUCUGUUGGACAGGUGAUGGAUGUACAAGAAGACGAUUGGAAUAAGGGUCAAUCUCAGCCCAGCACUAAAACAGGAUUUAAUCUUGGAAAUAAGCUGAAGUACCUCACAAUUGUAGCUGGAAAGACUCUGAAUUCUCACAAGGACUUCAAGAAACAUCUUCAUAGAGAAGUGCCAGGUUUGCAGGAGGUGUCAGAAAAGGAAAAUUAUGAUGUUAUUCUGCUUUUCUGUCCUGUUGUUUCACAUGCUAGAACUGACAUUAAAGGAGCGCUGGAAAAGCUUCAUAAUAUUCCAGACUCCAAGCCUGUUGUUCUAGUGGUGCUCCAUCACACGUUUAACCCAGACCUCACUGUACAAGACAGCAGCAAUGCCGUAACCAGAGAGAAAACACUCACAGUGGACUGUCUGUUCCAUGAAGAUAAAGGACUGCUGCAGUGCAGGAGGAAUAAUACAGCAAUAGCUCAGGUUAAAACGUGGAUAGAAUCUGAGUUUCCUUGGCUGUUUACUUUUGGCUUAAGAAAGAUUUUUAAGAAAGAUCGUUCACCUUCAUCACAGCCAGUUGCAGCAUCUGGAGCCCAGCUGAACUCAACAAAGCCUACAAGUGAAGCAAAAGAAACUAAUUUUUAUGUUUUCACUGAAGAACAGAAGAAAAUUAAACAACUGGGAGAAAAAAUUAAAGAAGGAGAAAACAAAAUGAUGAACAUGAGUUUUCAGAAAUUUUCAGAAAUUAUUCUUGCCACUAACCUGAGGCUGGUACUAGUGGGGAAGACCGGGUCUGCAGCGGAAAACAUAAUCCUGGGAAGAGAGGAGAGGAGCCAGGCUGGAGCAUCUACACUGAAGCAACAGAGUGAGGGUAGACAGGGGGAGGUGUAUGGGAGGCAGGUGACUGUGGUGGACACUCCUGAAGAGCUGAAAGAGAAUGUGGAGCUUAUUGUCAGUCUUUGUGCCAGAGAGCCACAUGCCUUCCUCCUAGUCAUACCAUUGAUGGAGCCUACAGGAGAGGAGAGAGGCAUACUGGAGCAAAUGGAGGAGAUUUUUGGAGAGAGAUGUUGGAGGAACGCCAUGAUCCUUUUCACUGUUACUGAUGAAGUCCAAGAGAACAUUGAAGAGUUUAUCCAGUCAGGAACCCAGGAGGUCCAGAGACUUGUAGAGAAAUGUGGGAACAGGUUUCACUGUCUCAACAUUAAGGACAGUGGAGAUGGUUCUCAGGUCUCAGAGCUGCUGGAGAAGAUAGAAAUGAUGGUUGCAGGAAACAAGAAUAGAUGUGAUGUUGAUCAGAUGUUUAGAGACAUGGAGGAGAGAGAAGCAAUAAUAAGAAAAAGACGCCAGGAAAUGCAAGAAAUUCUCACAAAGAAUUUUGAAUAUAUUGAAAAUUAUAAGGCUGAUAUAAAAACACUAAGACAACAACCUGAGGGUUCAGUAGAGAACAAGAAACUGGUUACAGCUGCAAUGAAGCUUUGUGAAACUAAAAUCAACAUUGGGGAGCAAAUCAAAAAAUUGUAUGAGAGAGUGGCUGGAAUGGAGGAAGACAGAAAGUUCAUUAAGGUCAUGUUACCAGAACAUCAGCGUAUUAUAUGGCUUUCAAUGCCAAGUGGGCAGGAUGAGCUCAGAAAGCAGAUGGACGAGGAGCUAAAGAAACUUCAUGCAACGUUCAUGUCUCUCUGAAGACAGGAAGCAGUGUAGACAUAGAUUAAAGGAGGGUGGACCACAGUGACAAUUUAUAUUUAUAAUUUCACCAUAUUUAGAUCAGUCUAUCACCACCAGCACGAAACCCUUUGGGGAUACAGAGUAACUAAUCAUUGUUGAUAGUCCAAGUCUAAUAUUCUCACUCAUGAUCCAACAGAAGAGCAACAACUCUUAUAACUAGACAUAAAAUCAGCUAAGUGGGAUAUUAUACAUCAAAAUGUUAUGGUUGGACAAGUUAUGGUUAUUCUAUAACCUCAGAUUGAAUAACUGUUAAAUGUAAUGAUUACAGAAUUCCCCAACAGAUUUAUUCAUGUACAUGUAUUAAGUAUAUAUUAAACAUUGGUGACUGUUUAUCAUAUUACUCAUUAAAGAAUGUAUGUAAUCAAUACAGUAACGGAACAUUACUGUAAGAAUACGCCAUGAACGCUUCAUGUACAUGUAGUCGGGGGCGUAGCUAGACGUUUAGAAUCUGAUGGCGAGAUCAGACCUAAAGAAGAAAGAACAUCAAAAUAAAACAGCAAGACUGUAUUAAAAUGAUGUGUCAAUGAA